AUGUGCCAGUAUGUGAAUGUGGAGAGCGUCUUUCUGUCGGUUUGUGGGGAGCGAGCUGCCGUAGCGAUCCAUGUACAGAAUUUCUUAAGCACUUUUUCCCCCCAUGGCCGGCGGACCUGGUGGCAGUCGGAGAAUGGCGUGGAGCAUGUCAGCAUCCGCCUGGACCUGGAAGGCGAGUUCCACUUCACCCACCUCAUCAUGAAGUUUAAGACCUUCCGCCCCGCGGCCAUGCUGGUGGAGCGUUCAGCUGACUUCGGGCGCAGCUGGAAGGUCUACCGCUACUUCGCCUACAACUGCUCCAAGCUCUUCCCCGGUGUCCCCGUCCAACCCUCAGGGCUGGUGGACGAGGUGCUGUGUGACCAGCGCUACUCCGAGAUCGAGCCCUCCAGCCAUGGGGAGGUGAUCUUCAAGGUGCUGGACCCCUCCAUCCCUGUGGCAGAUCCCUACAGCCCAGACAUCCAGGACCUGCUGCGCGUCACCAACCUGCGGGUGAACCUCACCAAGCUACACACGCUGGGGGACAACCUGCUGGACACACGGCGGGAGGUGCUGCACAAGACCCGCAGCCCCGGCUCUGGGGUUGGGGUGCUGCCAGGCGGGGAGUUGGGGUACCGCAUGCCGUGCCAUGAUACCGUCCCUGCAGGGUGUGACUGCAACGAGCACUCACAGCGGUGCCACUUCGACAUGGCCGUCUUCCUGGCCACGGGGAACACCAGUGGGGCCGUGUGUGACGGCUGCCAGCACAACACCAUGGGUCGUCACUGCCACCUCUGCAAGCCCUUCUACUACCGGCACCCCCCCUCCGACAUCCGUGCCCCCACUGCCUGUGCCCCAUGCGACUGCGUCCCGGCAGGCUCGCUGGACGGAGGCGCCUGUGAUGGGCACACGGACGUGGCACUGGGCAUGAUUGCAGGGCAGUGCCGCUGCAAGGAGAACGUGGCCGGUCCCCGCUGUGACCGCUGCAGGCACGGUGCCUACGGCCUCAGCCAUGGCGACCCGCAGGGCUGUCAGCCAUGCAGGUGUGACCCACGAGGCACGGUGGCGGGCAGCUCCCCCUGCGACCCCAUCAGCGGAGACUGCUACUGCAAACGCUUCGUGGCCGGGCGCUCCUGCAGCGAGUGCGUGGUGAAAGGAUGGAUGAGUGUGGACAGAGCCAGGCAGAUGGAUGGACAGAGGGAUGAGCCGAUCACCCCCAGGUGCUCCAUGGAGGAUGGGGCUUGUCCCUGCCGUCCCCACCUCAUGGGGCGGCAGUGCAACCAGGUGCAGCCCGGCUUCUUCUGCGCCCCUCUUGACUACUACACCUACGAGGCCGAGCGGGCCACCGGCCAUGGCCAUAGCCACCCCCAGCUCCCGGGCGCCAUCCGGGCAGAGGUGCCCCAGGACUGCCUGGAGUAUGACACUGGGGAGUCGGGGGGGCGGAAGGGGCGCUCGCGGCACCAGCCUCACCUGUCACCGCAGUCAACUGAGGACUGGGAGGCCGUGGUCAGCGUCAGCUCCCGGGUGCUGCCCACCAGCCCUCGCUGUGGGAACCUGCUGCCCUCCGAGCAGAUGUACCGUGAGAGCCUGCCCCACAGCCAGAGGUACGUGCUGCUGUCCCGACCCUUCUGCUUUGAGCCCAGCACCCCCUACGAGGUGACCAUGAGGCUUCAACGGGCUGGUGUCACCCAGCGCCACCCUGGCGCUUUCAUCCUCAUCGACUCGCUGGUGCUCCUGCCACGGGUGUCGGAGCUGCCUGGCUUCCACGGGGCAGAGGCAGCGGCGGCGGCACGCCAGGAGGAGCUGGAGCGGUACCGGUGCCUGGAGGCAUUUCGCAUGCCCCCCCCGACCCCCCUGGCCCAGGCCUGUGCCCGCCUGGUCUGCAGUGUCUCAGCCUUGCUGCACGGCGGGGCGCUGCCCUGCCAGUGCGACCCACAGGGCUCCCGCAGCAGCGAGUGCCAGGUGCAGGGAGGGCAGUGUGAGUGCAAGCCCCACGUCCUCGGCCGGCGCUGUGACCGCUGUGCGCCAGGCAGCUACGGCUUCGGGCCCCUGGGCUGCAGCUCCUGCGCCUGCUCCCCAGAAGGCUCAGUGUCACAGAUGUGCGAUGCGGUGAGUGGGCAGUGUCGGUGCCAGCAUGGUGCCGUGGGCCGGCAGUGUGACCAGUGCCAGCCAGGCUACUGGGGCUUCCCCGCCUGCCGGCCCUGUCAGUGCAACGGGCAUGCCGAGGAGUGCGAUCCCCAGACAGGCAGGUGCCUGCACUGCCGUGACCAUACCGCCGGCCGGCACUGCGAGAGGUGCCAGGAUGGUUACUAUGGGGACCCAGUGAGGGGGCAGUGCCAGUGCCGGCCCGGCUUUGGGGGCCGCAUCUGCUCCCAGUGCCAGGAGCAUCACUGGGGAGACCCCGAGCGGGAGUGCCGAGACUGCGAGUGUGAGCCACUGGGCGCGGAGAGCCUGCAGUGCGAGCAGGCCAGCGGGCAGGGCCGGUGCCGGCCGGGCUUCGGGGGCCCUGGCGGCCCCCUCCUCAACGAGCUGCCCAGGCGGCUGGAUGGUACCAGGAUGGAGCUGGACGACUUCUGGAGGCAGGUCCAAGAGCUGGAGCAACAUCUGGAUCAGCUGGCGCAGGCAGAUGUGCGGCACCACAGCCGGCUAACUGGGCUGAGCCACGAGCUGGGGGCUCUCAACCGAACCGCCUCCCACCUCCAAGUCCUUCUCGGCACUGUGGCAGCGGCCGGAUUCAGCGAGUCUUACCACAGCAUCCUGGCAUCGGCGGAGGACUCGCGGCAGGGGGGGGGUGCCACGGCUGGUGAGCUGAGUGAGGUGGGGGCAAUGCGGCGGGCGGCCGAGCGAGUGCUGCGGCAGCGGGGCGAUGCUUUCCGCCGUGGCACUGCCGCAGCACGGAAAUCCUUGCGGGAGGCACAGAAACGGGUGAUGGGACUCAGUGUCACCAGGAUCAAUGAGAAGAUUUGUGGGGCACCUGGGGACCGGGGCUGUGAGCAAGCGCCUUGUGGAGGAGCCUUGUGCCGGGACAGCACGGGGACACGUCAUUGUGGUGGCACUGGGUGCAUGGGGGCACUGCCCGUCUCAGCUCGAGCCCUGAGCAGUGCCCGUAACACCUCACAACAGCUGGAGGUGGCAUUGGGUCAGCUGGGCAUUGUAGCACAGAAGACACAGGAGGUGCAGGAGCUGGCGCGGGGGGCACGCAGCCGGGCAGAGGAGGCACUGGGACGCUCGCAGGCUGCCCGCAGCCGUGCGGAGAAGGCGACAGCCCAGCUGCGGGACUUCAUCCGACGCAUCAAGGCCUUCCUGGCAGAGGAGGGAGCUGACCCGGGCAGCAUCGAGCUGGUGGCCCGGCAGGGGCUGGACAUCUCCCUGCCCAGCAGCCCCAGCCGGAUCCAGGAGCUGCUGCGGGAGAUGAGGGAGAGCAUCGGCCAGCUGGAGGGAGUGGAUGCGGUGCUGAACAGCACGGCGCAGGGGCUGGCCGCGGCACGGGGGCUGCUGGCACAGGGACAGGACGCCAGGGAGCGAGCAGAGGGUGUGAGGGACGAGCUGGCAGGGACGCAGCGAGCACUGGAUGCGGCACGGGUGCAGGCGACGGCAGCGGGGAGCACCCUGCAGAGCGCCAGGGAUGCCAUCCAGGCGGCUGAGAGCAGAACCAAGGAGGCGGAGCGCAGGCUGCAGGCACUGGAGGGGAAGGAGUCUCGAGCACAGCGGCGGCUCCAGGAGCUGGCACAGCGCGUCAACACCCUGCAGGAGCAGGGCCAGGAUGCCCGACGCACGGCCCAGCAAGCCAAGGACGGGGCAGAGCGUGCCACUGCCGCCUCGGGGACACUCAGCCAGGACCUGGCACAGGUGACGCAGCGCUACGUGGUGCUGAAGGGCCGGGUGAGUGGGCUGGCCGGGGUGUCCGGCGGGGCCCUGCAGCGUGUGACGCAGUUGACAGCAGAGGCCCAGGACCUCCUGGACAAAGCCAGCAGCAGCAAGAGGAAGCUGGAAGAGCUGGAGCAGCACUUCGGGGCCAACGAGCGGGUGAUGGCGGCGAAGGUGACGCGACUGCAGGCGUUGGAGCAGCGAGUCUGGGGGCUGCUGGAGGAGAUCCGGGAGAGAGCCAACGCUUACGCCACCUGCUAG